AUCUUCCAGUGAGUCUCUCCUCUUCUGGAUCAAAUGGCUACCUUUCUCCCUUAUCUGAUUAUCCCUUUAUCACUCAACAGGACCUCAAGCUUCUAAAAGGUCAACCCUUGCUUCUAAGAAGGAAUCACGAAGGGCUGCUACGCCUAAAGAGGUAUGACUUCUAUCUUUAUACUUUCUUAUUUUCAAACCUUCCUGAAUUUUGAAUAAUUUGGCUUAGGCUACAAGGAAAGAAAGUCUUUCUCCGCAACCUACCCUAGAUGCAACCCCUUCUUCUCAAUUUGAUCCUUCCACAGGAAUCAUGUUGCAUUUUGUGGAUGAGGAUGAUACUUUGCCAUCUUCGGGAUAUGAACCCCUUCCCCCGUCAGUGGCCUUGGAUAAAGAACCCAUAGUUCCUGAGAUCCCUGUAGCUUUAGACACAACUAUUUCGCAAGCGCUUACUCGCCAGAUGGUCGAUGAACCUCCUUCUUCUCCUCAAGAUCAACCUCAGGUGCUGGAAUAUUUUCUUCUUGUUUCUUCCUCUGGUGACCUUUUGCUGAUCAUCACUACUUUCUUCGGAUACAACCAGGAUGUAGGCACAGGUUCAGGCACAACUUUCCCAUCUGUCGCUGGUGGUGAAAAAUCUUCACCUCGACAAGGAGUUAGUGCAUUCUCUGGUGAAACCCCGGGGUUAAGUCAGGUAACUUUCUUCUCUCCAAAGCCUCUUUUGCUUUGACUUGUGCAUAGUUCAUCUUGUCCUGAUCCUGAAGUUUUGUAGCGAGCUUCCCCAAAAGAAACUUCCCCUCCUCCAAUGGCCCGUAACCCAAAGUGCUUUCAACCUCCCUCUUCCUCUGGAGAUGUUGACACCUCCCUGUCUAGAGAUGAACCGAUUGAACAAACAGAAAUUGCCCCUUCCAUAGGCAUUAUCUCACCAGAAGAAACUGUUAUGCCGGACCCUUCUCCUUCCUCCUCUGAUCCUGCCAAGUUGCCCAAACUCUUCGAAGCACUCGGGCGACUUGAGACGCGGUUGAAGUCUUCAAAGCAGGCUUCAACAAAAUCUAUGUCUUCGGAGCAGCAACAAAUCUUUCAAACAUGGGCAAAGAAAGAAUUCACUGCAUCAUUUAGCCUCAAGGCUCUCUGUGACCUCGAGAGAGUCAUUACUGAGUUCUUUAAAAACGAUCGCUUAUCCAAGCCUCAGUAUGAU